AUGGCUCUUCGUCAAGCAGCCCGUCGCGGCGCUACAAUCGCCUCCCGCUUUCACCAUGUACCUUCCCUCCCACUCAUCAACAACCCACGUAACCUUGACUCCCUUUCCAACCUCCCAUCCUCAUCCGCUUUCUCCACCUCCCCCACUGUUGCUGCCUCUUCACCUCUUUCACGACCAUCCCUGCCGACUCUAUCACCACCCGCCGUCACGGGUGUUUUAGCCGCGCCGUCGCCAGGCGUCUUCGGUGCUUCAUGGCUCACCGCGAGCGGCCGAAGCUUUGCUUCAGCCGCUGGCAGCACGGAAACUAAAGUCAUCACCAUCGCGUCGCCCAGCGAGUUCACGUCUCUAAUCAAUGACCCAUCACGACUAGUGGUGGUUGACUUCACAGCACAAUGGUGUGGUCCAUGCAGAAGCAUCGCGCCGCUGUUGGAUGAGAUCAGCCGAACGCACGAUUCUGUCGCCAUUGCCAAGGUCGACAUUGAUGAUGCUGAACUGGCAGGCGUGGUCGGAACUGCCAGGAUCAGCAGUGUGCCUACCUUUCAUUUCUAUAAGGCGGGGAAGCUGUUGAGCCAGUUCAGCGGAGCAGACGCACUCAAGCUAAAAGACACCAUUGCAUUGCUGCAAAAAUGA